UCGGUCGUGGCCGCGUGCCGCAACUACAGUUCCAUCGCCUUACCCUCUGGCUGUGACUCAUCUUUCCCCAAACGAGCGACGCGCACCGACUACCCUGAAGAAGGUCGCUUACAAAUCUUUAUCCUGGAGAACAACCAAAAAGGAAAGAGGCCAAAAAAAUCGAGAAUUGCGAGCUCCGAUAAUGUCGCUGGCUGAGGAGGCGCGCCGCGGCGGCCGCGAGCGAGAGCGCCAGACCGGCUGCUGAGCGGCUGCGAGACACACAGCGAGUGGUGCGUCCGAAAAAUCGAGAAAGGAAACCGACUGAGACGGCGGAGGAAACGAGAGAGCAGGACUCACCAGAGAGCGAACGACCCGCCAAGUUGCUCCCCGAGAAGGACAGCGGCCCUCCGGUCACGCCGCGCCAGCCCGACAUGGGCAAGAAGACCAAGAGGAAAACACGAUGGCGUUCCCUACCAAUCGACGUUUCCUCACAAAACGAAGACGACGGAGAUGAGAUUGAGGAAAACGGUGGCUCCGAGUCACCGGCGCACCACAACGGAUUCCGAAAGUACCGGCCCAAUGGCUACAAGUACCACAAUCAUCACUACAACCGAUACUCAUCCUCGCAGCCCGCCUCGCAGACGAGCUCCGAGAAAAAACUCUUCAACGAAGACGAGUACACAAAGAUCACGACCCCGCGUCAAGACGUGCUCUUCAAAAAGGGCUACCUCGGCCGGCGUCGUCCCACACCCUUAGUCACCGCCGAUGAUCAGCUCGCCAACGGAGACCAAGCCAACGAGAAUGGAGAGUGCCAGGACACCCAGAGCGAAGCCAGUUCAGAGACCGUGACCUCGCAGGAGCAGCAGCCCCAGCUGGUCUACACGAAUGGAUACAUUGACCCUCAAGGGGGGCCAGUUUUCUACCUCAAUGGAGCAUACGAGGUGUACGACCCUUACACAGGCGCGUACACGUCGUUCAUGGUCCCAGCCGGCUUCCCGCCGCAGGCCGGCGGCAUGUUGACCGCCGUGCCGUGCCAACCUUUGCCCAUGCAGCCCCUCGAGUGGUUCAACCCUCGCGGCACCCCUGACGGCUGGUGUUUCGUGCCGCCACAGUGCCAACAACCCCCACCCCCGAUGGUCCUCAACUCUAGGAAGAAGAGGUACUCCACCGACUCGCAAAAUUGCAGUCCAAACAGCUCAGAGUCGACAGGACCUCCAGGUAGUCCUCAGCAUGAGGAGGAAGAAGAAGAAGAGGAGGAAGUGGGAGUACUGAACGGUGACGCCGCCACCUUCCAGCAACUUCCUCCACCUUACGUCUACCCUGGCUACAUGUUUGGCGCUGCUGUGUACAACGUCAACGGGGCCGCAGUUCAGCCGCUGCCACCUGUGAGCAACGGCAGCAGCACCAACGGUUCGGUGGUCUGCACCAACGGCCACAGCGAGCCGAGCCAACCCCCGGUCAACGGCCACCACCAGGCGACCAACGGCCACAGCAAUCAGGCUGUCGAACAGCCGGUAAACAACCUUUCCACUGCCACAUCUCAGUCGAGCAAAAAGAGGAAGAAGAAGAGGAGGAGGAAGCGCAGGACCCGUGGCGAAAAAGCGGUACAAAUUAACAAGCAGGCUAACAAGGGAUUUGCAAGUCCUGACGGGGUUGGAAUUUCGGCUCUCUUUCACUUGGGAACUGACGAAGGGUCUGAAGAGACCAGCUCCGAGGAAGGCGCCGAUGAAAAGGAGCCUAGCAAGGAGGCCACCAGCGCCCCAGCACCCGACAAAAUGAGCUCAUCCAGUCCUGGGCCAGGCCCGUCCGAGAGCUGCAGCGAGCUCUCGCCGGCGUCAUCAGCACUUGCCUCGUCGCACAACUCGCAGGACGAGAUGCCCUCAGAAGUUCCGAGGGCGCCGACUCCAGCGCCUCCCAGUGCAACGACGGUCAUUGUGAAACAGGAGGAGGAAACGAUGAUGGAAGAGGGCGAGGAAGAGGCCGUGGUGACCGCGUCAAUGGUCAUCGCGCCCAAGCCUGUGGACGAGGCCACCAUUGUGCAGCUGAUCAAAGAGGCCGCCGAGGAGCCAGUCCUGGAGGCCGUCGAAGCCGAACCACCGGCCAAGGUGGAGGAGAGCAAGAAACUGGGCAAGAUCACCAGGAAGGGAUCUCGCAAGACCAAGGCUGCGCCGCCCACGCCCUCCCCCACCCCCCAAAAGGCCUCCUCCGAAGAAAGUCUGAGCGAAAUCAGCGUCAGCCCGGUGCCGCCUCCGCGGAGGCGCCCGAAGGCCAGACACCGACCAGCCACGCCCCUUCCACUGAGCGGCGAUGAGGACUCGGUGGCGGCCGAGCUGUCCGAGCAGAUCGUGUGCGAGGCUGUCGUCCAGGCGACCCUGGAGGUGCCCCCUCUGGAAACCCUGUCUCUGCAACCUGCGGAGGUCGCCGAACCUGAGGGCCCGAAGAGGCCCAUCACCGAGGCGGUCACCGAGUGGCUGGAAACGACAAAACCGACGCUGUCUCUGGACAGCGACGUCGAGGAGGACGAUGAAGACGAGGCCGGUUCAAAAAACGCGAUAAGCAACCCUUUGCCUGCGCCAUCCAAUAGCGACGCCGAAAGCACGCCGGAUGGUAUGCCGGGCACAAGGGUUGCACGCCUCGGACAAAUAAACGCGGACUGCAGUUGCUCGGACGUGAGUGCCGAGUGGGACGCGUCGUGGGACGGCGUGGUGCGGCUGACGGGCGACGGCUGGCUGGACGUGCAGCAGCUGACCGACUCGGGCAUCGAGUCGGGCGACGAACCCCCGCCGGCCAAAUUCGUGCGCCACCUGCCCGACCAGGAGCCCCUGCCGUGCACCGGCGCCGUCUGCUGCAGCAUCCAGUGACCCCCGGAUGACCCCACGCGACGAUAGAGAGACUAACUGCUGCUGUGAUAGGCCUGACACGCACGGGAAGAGGAAUUUGAGAAAGUCUUCCUUCGUUCGUCGGCUGCUCCCCAGCGCACGGCUGCUUCUUUCGUUUCAGGGCAAACGCCCGCCCACUUUAUUAUCCAUGUUGUUAUAAUUGUGGUGGCCUUAGCUAUGAGAAGAGAGAAAGAGAAAAAAAAAACACACACGAGAUAUAUGGUUUAUUUGUAUUGCAUGCGAAUAUUUAUCUCGAGUAUUCGACACACACACACAUACGGCUCAAGCGUAUUUAUGAUAAAAAUACGAGACGCGAAUGCAUAAUUAUUAUUAUAAUUAUAUCUAUAUUAUACAAUUAAUACGCAUACAUUAUACUACGUCGUUGAACUAUGUGUAAUUCAUGAGAGAUGCAUUUUUCGAAUCGGUCUAGCGGCCGCUGUCACGGAAAUGGAAAUUCUUUGUGAAUGAUUGCUUGAUUAUGUUGGCCACUCUAAUUCGCCUUCCGCCUCCUAAAAAGACGCACCAAUCCCCACUUCAAAUUGGAUGAUUUUUAAACACCUUCAACUUGCUAAUGAGGAAAUUUUCAUUUAUUGCAUAUAACACGAGAUUUGAGUAAUAUUUUGAAAUUCUGUACCUUUUAAUUUUUUACUAACUGAUAUUUUGUUUGGGUCAGGCCAAGAAAAAGUCUUGUCAGCCUGUGUCCUUUUUAAGUUUAUAGUGGCGCAGAGACGCCACUCAAUUUUGUCUUUUUAAUAAUAUUUUAUUUUGUUUUUGGGUUUAUCUUUAAUAUAUUCAAGCAUCAUUUAUUUUCGCUGGCAUAUCCUUAGUUUGGCGGCGACACGAUGAUGUUGAAAAUGAGAUAAACUGAAAAAGAAAAAGUUCACAUACAAAAUUUUCAAUUUCCUUCUUUUUUAUCACUGCCAAGAUUGGCCAAGAUGAAGUUGAUUAAAAAUUAACGAUCAGAGGGUUUUGGUGGUUUGUUGAGUUUCAGGGAUACCUGCGCAAACACCAGAAUGCAAUCUCGUUUUCUAUUUCAAGCAUUUUCCACAGAGGGAAGAUUCAAUCGCCAGCAAGAGCUGAUUCCCUCUCGUAUCAAACUUUCAAUUCCUGCAAGGAAUUUUUUAUUCGCGAUCUGCUUGGAAUAGAUUUGGUUGGCGCAGGUCCCCUUGUGCUUGUGCUGCAUCACUGCCUCUGACGCACCAUUUUACAAGCCUGUAUAUUAUCAUUGAUUCAUGUACGAACGUGUAUUUGAAAUAAGGAGGAAUUGGCUUUUGAACCCCGUCCUUUCGUCUAUACAGAGGCGAUCGUCGCACGCUCUGAGGGCUGUGAUGCCUCUCAAUCGCUGAGCCGCAGCGCUCAAAAUUUGAUUCACCAAUCUAUACUUUUUGCUGAUGAAAUGGGAAACAUUAUGCUUAUUAAUUAUUGUCUUCUACUAUAUUUUUGUGCUCUGUUCGUUCAUUUGCACCCGAUUAAAGGUUUGUGCUGUUUUGAUUUC